AUGUCUUCUGGGCGUAAUUGCGAUGAGGAAUCGACUGCCUCACAUCUCUCCCAAAUCAUACCUUCCGCCAAUUCCAUUUCCGGAUUUCGGAAGAUCGGCUUUGGACAAUGUGGUCUGAUUUUUGAACGACCAGGUCGUGAAUACGUUGUCAAAGUCGCAAAGCAAGGGUUUAAAGAUGCACUCAUGGUCGACUAUCAAGUUCAUCAAGCAGUUUACGCUGCGUUUUCCCGUCAAAUCACAAUCGUCGAAUGUCGAGUUCCCAAAGUCAUCAAACACAUUCCGUCUCACGAUUCGCAUUGGUGGGAGCAGCGGGGCCCGUUAUUCACUGAGCGGCACGGCGACUUUCCAUUUCCAUCUUCUGCGUUAAUGUCAGAGCGAAUCUUACCGUUGCCCAAGAUUGUACGAACCGCCUUGAUUUCACGGUUCUGCGAAAGGUCUAUGCAGGCCGAUGCACUCAUCAACCACCUAAACCGAGAUUGUCUGGCUCGAAUCUAUCUCGGAAAGCGUCUUCGGCCCAAUACUCCCCCCCAGCGAAACUUUUCGUUGCGCAACUUCAAUCUCCAUCUCGAUCAGAUGUUAGGCCUAAAGCUACCUGUGGAGAAUUACGCCAGGGCUAUAGGAGAUGCACUUGCAAUCAUGCACUGGGACGCCAACGUCGAUGGGUACGAUGUCGAGUUUGUUCUUGGAAGCGAGGCGGCCAAUGCUCCGCCCAGGGCCGACGGGUCUCUUCAAAACAAAUCGACAGAUUCCGCCCUGGACACCGCAUUCGACUUGAAGAACAAAAUCAUUCGCAUCUGGCUCCUGGAUUUCAACCUUUGUUCCCGUUGGGAGGAAGCCAUUGGCUGGGAAGAGCCAGAAGCUUUGAUUAAUCAACUCGUCAUUGCCUUCUUCGAGAACGACCCCUACUACCCGCUCCCUUUGAUGGAGAAUAGGGCCGAUGAGAAGCUUUGGUGCGCCUUCCGAGACAGCUAUCUGGCAAAGUCUGAGGAGAUUCUUAGCCCUAAAGAUAAAAGAUUGCAGCCGCUACCAACCAACUUUAUUGCAUCUUGCGUUGCCAGGGAACAGGUCAACCUGGAAAGGGGUCUUGGUCAUGGACACAGGGAACUGAAGGGGUAGAGCUAUUAUAAAUAUUUCGCAGUGAAAUCGAACAAGA